UCGCCACACGGGGGAGAACCACCUCCAUGGCUGCAGUGCCACACUGUUUUUAUAGAAUCCUUGAGACGUUUACCUGGCAUAGACAAACAGGGUGCCCUCGAUGUCCGUCUUCUCCUGAAAUGAGAAGUAACGUUCCGCGUCAGAAACAACAAGCGGCCAGUCUGAAACGUGCCGAGCAGCAGCAACGGACGACGACUGUUAGCAUCGCCUGCUAACUCGUGUUAGUUCAGGCGCAGGUAAUCCGAUCACUGGUAACCUUCCAGCACAGCUCCCGACUGCAACUCACUUCCCCUCGAAUCGCCGCGGUGUGCGGGCAGAAAACGGCGCAAUGAGGCCACGGAGAGGAGCCAGGUGACAGAAUGCCGUUCAUUAUAAGGGGAAGACCCCUGAGGGGGGCACAGUAUGCCGACAACAGAAGGACCACUCCCUCCACUGAUGCCUCGGCGCUCUGGUCAGAAAGCAACACACGCCUGUAUCAGCUCAAUCCAGCAGUGCAACUGCAGGCUCCGGCCAGCACUGGCAAGCCAGUUGGCUCCUCUCAUGGCCUCCUUGGGCCCAAUAGCGGCAUUCAGGUUUCCUGUGGCACUAGCUCCGGUGUCAACUCGGUCCUCGCUUGGCAUGCUGCCAUUAGCGCCGCUCGGCAAGCACAGGGUGAUGCUGCUAAACCGGACGCAGGUUCACAGCCCGCGGUUUGCACCACUGGACCGCCUCCUGUAGGCUCACUGGCGCAGAGGAAGAGGCAGCAGUACGCCAAAAGCAAAAAACAAGGAGGAUCUACCAACAGCAGGCCACCCCGAGCUCUGUUCUGCCUCACCCUCAACAACCCGAUCCGCAGGGCCUGCAUCAGUCUGGUAGAGUGGAAACCAUUUGAUAUCUUUAUACUGCUGUCUAUUUUUGCCAACUGUGUGGCCUUAGCCAUCUACAUCCCCUUCCCUGGAGACGACUCCAAUUCUACCAACCAAGAACUGGAAACAGUAGAAUAUGCCUUCCUCAUCAUUUUCACUAUAGAAACAUUUCUGAAGAUUAUUGCCUACGGCCUGGUCAUGCACCAAAACUCCUACGUCAGAAACGGUUGGAACAUGCUGGACUUUGUCAUUGUCAUUGUGGGGUUGUUCAGUGUUGUUCUGGAGAUGAUAACCAAAGACGCUGACUCUGGUGGACAGUCUGGAGGCAAACCUGGGGGGUUUGACGUCAAGGCCCUCCGAGCCUUUCGCGUGCUACGACCCCUCCGCCUCGUUUCUGGAGUUCCCAGUUUACAGGUGGUUUUAAACUCCAUUAUCAAAGCCAUGGUUCCCCUGCUUCACAUUGCUCUGCUCGUUCUCUUCGUUAUUAUCAUCUACGCCAUCAUCGGCCUGGAACUCUUCAUUGGCAAAAUGCAUGCCACAUGCUAUGUGAUACAAUCAGGUGCCCUCGCUGAAGAAGAGUCCACGCCGUGCGCGGUAUCAGGGCAUGGCCGUCACUGCCUGCUCAAUGGUUCAAUCUGCAGGGAGGGCUGGCAAGGCCCCAACAACGGCAUCACCAACUUUGACAAUUUUUUGUUUGCCAUGCUCACUGUGUUCCAGUGCAUCACCAUGGAGGGAUGGACUGACGUGCUCUACUGGAUGAAUGAUGCAAUGGGCUUUGAGCUGCCUUGGGUCUACUUUGUCAGUCUGGUCAUCUUUGGAUCCUUCUUUGUACUCAACUUGGUCUUGGGAGUGUUGAGCGGAGAGUUUUCCAAAGAACGAGAGAAGGCCAAGGCUCGGGGAGACUUCCAAAAGCUACGUGAGAAGCAGCAGUUGGAGGAAGACCUGAAGGGCUACCUGGACUGGAUCACCCAGGCCGAGGACAUCGACCCCGAGAACGAAGAGGAAGGAGACGAGGAGGGCAAGCGUAACCGGGUCACGCUGGCUGACCUCACUGAGAAGAAGAAGGGAAAGUUUGGCUGGUUCACUCAGUCCACAGAGACACAGGCGAGCAUGCCCACUAGUGAGACAGAGUCGGCGAACACAGAGAAUCACACGGGAGAGGAGGACAAAUCUCCCUGCUGCGGACCGCUGUGUCAAAAAAUUACUAAGUCAAAGUGCAGUCGUCAGUGGCGGCGAUGGAACCGGUUUUGCCGCAGAAAGUGUCGUGCAGCGGUGAAAUCAGUGACGUUUUAUUGGCUGGUCAUCAUCUUGGUGUUCCUCAACACUCUCACCAUCGCCUCUGAGCACUACAAUCAGCCAGACUGGCUGACUGAAGUACAGGACGUGGCCAACAAAGUUCUCCUGGCAAUGUUCACCAUGGAGAUGCUGGUGAAGAUGUACAGUUUGGGGCUGCAGGCCUACUUUGUGUCCCUGUUCAACCGCUUUGACUGUUUCGUGGUGUGCGGAGGCAUCAUAGAGACCAUCCUGGUGGAGCUGGCCAUCAUGUCUCCUUUGGGCAUCUCUGUUUUCCGCUGUGUACGUCUCCUUAGGAUCUUCAAAGUUACACGUCAUUGGGCCUCUCUCAGUAACCUGGUCGCCUCUCUGCUCAACUCCAUGAAGUCUAUCGCCUCCCUGUUGCUGCUGCUCUUCCUCUUCAUCAUCAUCUUCUCCCUGCUUGGCAUGCAGCUCUUUGGGGGCAAGUUCAACUUCGACGAGACCGUGACCAAGAGGAGCACGUUUGAUAACUUCCCCCAGGCUCUGCUCACUGUGUUCCAGAUCUUGACAGGAGAAGACUGGAAUACGGUGAUGUAUGAUGGUAUCAUGGCAUACGGUGGUCCGGCCUCCUCUGGAAUGGUGGUCUGCAUUUACUUCAUCAUCCUCUUUAUCUGUGGAAAUUACAUCCUGCUGAAUGUCUUCUUGGCAAUCGCCGUUGACAACCUGGCAGAUGCAGAGAGCCUCAACACAGCACAGAAGGAGGAAGAGGAGGCCAAGAAGAGGAAGAACAGUGCCAAGGAUACAAGCACAGAUAAGAAGAGAGUUGAAAUAACAGAAGCCCAUGAUGGCGAGACCAAGGCUCAACUCGACCUCGAUCUACAGAUGCCGGCAGACGUCAUGCUGGAGGAAGACAAAGACUUGUAUCCUGCCAUUGAUUCUCCAGUGUGUGGUGAGGAUGAUGAUAAUGCAGAACUCCCAGAGGUGCCCCCUGGACCCCGCCCCCAGAGGCUAUCUGAACUCAGCAUCAAAGAAAAGACCCUGCCCAUCCCGAAGGGCAGCGCCUUCUUCAUCUUCAGCAGCACUAACCCGUUUCGUGUAGUCUGCCAUAAGCUGAUCAACCAUCAGAUCUUUACCAACCUCAUCCUGGUCUUCAUCAUGCUCAGCUCUGUCUCUCUGGCUGCCGAGGAUCCCAUUCGCAACUUCUCUGCUCGCAAUAUUAUCCUAGGCUAUGCAGACUAUGUCUUCACUAGUAUGUUUACAUUUGAGAUCCUUAUUAAGAUGACAGCAUUCGGAGCGUUCCUUCAUAAAGGGGCGUUCUGUAGAAACUACUUCAACCUAUUAGACCUGCUGGUCGUUGGUGUGUCUCUGGUGUCGUUCGGCAUUCAGUCGUCUGCCAUCUCUGUGGUGAAGAUUCUCCGCGUUCUGAGAGUCCUCCGUCCUCUCAGGGCCAUCAACAGAGCCAAGGGACUCAAGCAUGUGGUCCAGUGUGUGUUCGUGGCCAUCAGGACCAUCGGCAACAUCAUGAUCGUCACCACCCUGCUGCAGUUCAUGUUCGCUUGUAUCGGUGUGCAGCUCUUUAAGGGGAAAUUUUAUCGAUGUACAGAUGACGCCAAGUCCAGCCCGGAGGAGUGCAAGGGAACAUAUAUUCUCUACAACAACGGGGAGACAGCACUGCCCAUGGUGAGGGAGAGGAUCUGGUACAACAGUGACUUCAACUUUGACAACGUCCUCAUGGCCAUGAUGGCUCUCUUCACCGUCUCCACCUUUGAAGGAUGGCCCACCCUGCUGUACAAGGCCAUCGACUCCAACAAAGAGAACAUGGGUCCCAUCUACAACUACCGCAUUGAGAUCUCCAUCUUCUUCAUCAUCUACAUCAUCAUCAUCGCCUUCUUCAUGAUGAACAUCUUUGUUGGUUUCGUUAUUGUCACCUUCCAGGAGCAGGGGGAGAAGGAGUACAAGAACUGCGAGCUGGACAAGAACCAGCGUCAGUGUGUGGAAUAUGCUCUGAAAGCUCGUCCUCUGCGACGCUACAUCCCCAAAAACCCCUACCAGUACAAGUUCUGGUACGUGGUCAACUCCACGGGUUUUGAGUACGUCAUGUUUGUCCUAAUCAUCCUCAACACCUUGUGUCUGGCCAUACAGCACCAUGGUCAGUCUCAUCUAUUUAACUAUGCCAUGGACGUCCUCAACAUGGUCUUCACCGGGGUUUUCACUGUGGAGAUGAUCCUCAAGCUCAUCGCCUUCAAGCCCAGAGGCUAUGUCGGGGACGCCUGGAACGUCUUCGAUGCCCUGGUGGUCAUUGGCAGUGUAGUCGACAUCAUACUCAGCCAGUCGGCAGCCAUUCCUGUGGUCAAGGUGAUAGUGGAGCCAGGGAACACAGAGGACAGCGCUCGCAUCUCCAUCACCUUCUUCCGCCUGUUCAGAGUGAUGCGAUUGGUGAAACUGCUGAGCAGGGGGGAGGGCAUCAGGACUCUGCUGUGGACCUUCAUCAAGUCUUUCCAGGCUCUUCCCUAUGUCGCCCUCCUGAUUGCCAUGUUGUUCUUCAUAUAUGCUGUGAUAGGAAUGCAGGUGUUUGGGAAAAUAGCGAUGGUGGAUGGAACACAAAUCAACCGCAACAACAACUUUCAAACCUUCCCUCAAGCUGUCCUGAUGCUCUUCAGGUGUGCUACAGGUGAGGCCUGGCAGGACAUCAUGCUGGCCUGUCUGCCGGGGAAGCUGUGUGAUUCAGAGUCUGACUACAACCCCGGAGAGGAGAGAACCUGCGGCAGUGGCUUUGCCAUUAUCUACUUCAUCAGCUUCUACAUGCUCUGUGCUUUUCUGAUCAUCAAUUUAUUUGUAGCCGUCAUCAUGGAUAACUUUGACUAUCUGACCCGCGAUUGGUCCAUUUUGGGGCCGCAUCACCUGGAUGAGUUUAAACGGAUCUGGUCAGAAUACGACCCUGAAGCCAAGGGCCGGAUAAAGCAUCUGGAUGUGGUGACUCUGCUGAGGAGAAUCCAGCCUCCGCUGGGCUUCGGCAAGCUCUGCCCUCACAGGGUGGCCUGUAAGCGUCUGGUGGCGAUGAACAUGCCCCUGAACAGUGAUGGGACGGUCAUGUUUAAUGCCACUUUGUUUGCACUGGUCCGCACUGCUCUCAAGAUUAAGACUGAGGGUAACCUGGAUCAGGCCAAUGAGGAGCUUCGAGCUGUGAUCAAGAAGAUCUGGAAGAGGACAAGCAUGAAGCUGCUGGACCAAGUGGUGCCCCCUGCAGGCGAUGACGAGGUAACAGUGGGGAAGUUCUAUGCCACCUUCCUGAUACAGGACUACUUCAGGAAGUUCAAGAGGCGCAAAGAGCAAGGUCUUGUGGGAAGGCGCUCGUGGGAGAGGCUGAAUACCACCAUGGCUCUGCAAGCCGGUCUGCGCACGCUACAUGACAUUGGACCAGAGAUCCGUCGAGCCAUAUCAUGUGACCUGCAGGAGGAGGGGCUAGUAGAUGCUAAUGGAGACGAAGCGGAGGAAAUCUACAGGCGUAAUGGCGGUUUGUUUGGGAACCAUGUAAACCAUGUCUGUGGCGAUCAGGGAGGCUCCUCCCACCCGACCACCACCACCCAACGCCCGCUGCAGAUCCUCACCCUCUCCUGCAGCUCCUCCACGGAACCCGCCCAGACUGGCAGCAGAGCCAGCGGCAAUGACAGGGAGGCAGAGACAGAGAUGAACUCCUCACCCAUCCAGUAUAAUCAUCAUUAUCACCCCCCUCAUGCGAAUAAGUCCCCUCAUUGUAAUUCCCCUGGCAAUCAAUCGCCAAUACCCUCCAAUGCCAACCUCAACAAUGCCAACGUGCCCUCGCUUCUCUCCAUGACCAGUGGGAGGCAGCAGAAGUGUUUGUUAAGGCGAGACCGCCCGUCCUCCGCCAAAAACGGAUCAUCAGCGUGCACCUACGGCAAAGGAGCGCAUGCUGGUCAAGCAAAGGCGCACAAGCUGGUCAAGUCCCACUCCACCAGGACACGCUACUAUGAGGCCUACAUUAGGUCAGAGAGCGGUGGUGGACUUUACCCCACUAUUCGCCGAGAGGUGCCGGGGGGCGGGGACAGCGACGAGGAGCGGGGCUCAGGAGAGUACUACAGUGGAGAGGAGUUCCGCGAGGACGACAUCAUGAUCACAAGGGACAGGCUGUCCAACAAGGAACUAGAUGCAGAGGGAGACUUCGACCUCGAGGUUUCUACGGGCAACCACCUGCCUGAUGACGAUGAUCAACAGCUGAUCUACCAAGAGAGCAGGCGGUCACCUCUGAGAUGGUUCUUACCCUCACCUCAAGCCUCCAACAGACCAACAUUUAGUUUUGAGUGUCUCCGCAGAAGAAGUAGUCAGGACGAAGCUCCUCCCUCUCCGUCCUGCACGGCUCUUCCACUACACCUGGUGCAGCAGCAGGUAAUGGCGGUGGCCGGUCUUGAUGCCAGCAGAAUUCACCGUCUGUCUCCGACGAGGUCGCUGCGCUCCUGGGCCACGCCUCCUGCUUCACCCAUCAGCCUCGACCGCUCGCCCGGCUACACGCCGCUCAUACAGGUGGACUGGCGCAGUCCCGGCAGCGUCUGCAGCAUCCCCGGUGCAGUGAAGAGGAGCUCAUGGUACACAGACGGCCAGGACGGCCCUCCCAGCCGCAGCCACUCUCCGUCACGUCUGCACCUGCCCGCAGAGUGCUGCUCACACUUCCUGCAGAAGAGAGGCAGUGCCACCAGUCUGGUGGAGGCUGUGUUGAUCUCUGAGGGUCUGGGCAAAUACGCCAAAGACCCCAAGUUUGUCUCCGCGACCAAACACGAGAUUGCAGACGCCUGCGAGAUGACAAUCGACGAGAUGGAGAGCGCCGCCAGUAAUCUCCUGAACGGGAGUAAGGGCAGUGACACCAAUGGGGGAACGGAGAACGUCAGCCCGGACACACAAGCCACCGCGCAUCUUAGAGACCGCAGCAUACGUGACUACAGCGACGAGGAGCCGUAUGUGGCUGGGAAAUGCGACGAGGACUUGACAGAUGAGAUGAUAUGCAUCACGUCGCUAUAGCAGCGGCAGACACGGGAUAAUUUAGGAUUUUUUAAUUGAAUUUCCGCAGCUGUUUUACUCUGAGGGGACGUCUGUGGUCAAGUGUGUCCCGGAACAGAUCAGAACAUGUAAAACCUGGAUGGAUAAGAGAGCAAAGUGCCUUGUUUUCUCUUUCUGAGGAGUGGAAAAUGGAAAUGCCAGAGAGAUGAGACAAAGGGGUAAAGCUGAGAUGAACUCAGCUAAUAUUCAAACCAGAGGGGAUCAAACUACCUGCCUGUCAGCAGGAAUUCAUGACACUCCAUUGAAGUUGUUUUCUAUUUAUUUCCUUUUUCAAUUAUUAAUGGGGAUUUGAUACAGCAGAGUAACCUAUCAGCCUUGCAAAGCCAGCCCGAGGCUCAUGAAGCUAGUUUUCCCAACAACAUUCACUGAGAAGGACCACAGAGUCCAGCAGUUUAAAGCCAGACAGUGUGGCAAAUAAAUUAGGGUGUGCAGUCUGCGCUAUACACUGAUGUUAAAUCUCUUACUUUCAGUUCCAGUUUGAGGGCGUUUGCAUCCACACAGUGUUGAGUGAACAAUGUUGGGAUUGUGGGCCUGUUGUUGUUCUGCUGCUCUGUCCUAAAAUGACUUUGCGUAAACAAGGCCAUGAGCCCAAACACUGUUUACUCCAUAUGAAAAGGCAAUAAAACACUCGCAGACUACACUGUUUGAUUUAAAUCGGAAACAGAUUUUACUGAGAAAAAGAAACAUUUUCCAGAACAUUCCCCCUCCAGUUAAAAUGUCAGAAACAAACACCAGCGACAGGCCAAUGAGCGGAGCGAUCCUUCUGUCUCUUAAAGUGAAGGGGAAUGCAUGAGGGGGCUUUGCAAAGCUGCAACUGGCCUGCUCCAAAAAUAUAUUUGGCAGUUCAUUGAUUCCAAGAUUCCUCUUCUCAUGUAUAUAUAUUGUGUGAUUCUAACCUGUCAUUUGCCAUAAGAGCAGACACACCUUUGAUCUGCUGCUCGCUCUUCACGUUGCCGUGUGGCCUCCCUGACUCAGACACACAAAGUGAGAACACCAUGAAAACAUCUUUUCAUCAGUUUAUUUCAACUCAUCUUAGUGCAGAGUGCAGAGUGAAUCUGGCUGCUGCUCUGGGUUCAGUUUUCAGGGCUUCAGGGUUCAGCGUUGCUCGUCUCCGGUUUUUUGACUUGAACAGGAAAUCACAUAUCAAUGAAAAAAAGACUGUCCUCAGGCAUAUCUUUCUGUUUCAUGUGCACGCUGAUAUGACACAGAGAAACCUACUGCAGGUCCCUCCUGCCUUCACACCAACAAAACAGAUACCAAAUCAGCUACUUACACACUUUUUAAGUGUGUACUGCUUUGACCACCAUGAAAACAAAGAAAAAUGUCAUAAACUUAAAUCCAUUAACUUUUUUUGAUGCCCUUUGGAUGCUGUGAGGAGGAGGCUUUUACAAACGCAACACUCAGAAUAUACAGUAAUUUACUGUAGAGGACAUUUGAAAAGCUGCCAGCCCUAUGACACAUACAGUAUGACGCUGUGCUCCUAAGAAAGUGUUUGUGGAAGAGGAACCAGCAGGUUUUAGUCAUAAUUUUUGCUGCUGGAGAGCUUUUUUCUCCCAUGACUCUGGGAUCAGAUGUCAGAUGAAGAAACGUGAUCCCAACACAACAAGGUCCGACACAUGAAACUCCCCCCUGAUUUUAUUAUGAUUAUUAUUUUGCUGACAAUUGAUAAAUUCAGGUAAUUGUUGGUUGUAUAUAGUGUGUUCUUGGCGUGGAGUGGAUGAUGGUCAGCGGUCUCUUUUUGUUCCAACACCAGUUUGAGUGAACAAGAUGUCCAAAACAAAAACUAAAUUAAUUAAGAACAUAACAAUGAAGAGAAGCAACAUUUUACACCUGCUGCUCUGCACAUUUGCUCCACCACAAGCCAGUGUGCACCGCUGCCAACUAUAACAGUGUCUUCAGGUCGCGGCAGGACAGUCCCCUCAAUCAACACACUGUUGUCAGGGCAACACGUUCAAUCUGUGCAAUCAAAGGGCUCCUUCAAAUAUAAAACCAAACCAGGGGAAUAUUGAGAGCAUUUAGACGCACACCAAUAUUCAAAUGUCAUUCCAGACACUUGUACAGUUACGUUGGUGUCAAAAGGUUUGAACAUGAUUGAAGCAGAUACUGAAAAGAAGGUUUAUUGUUGGAUGUUGUGAUGAUACACUGGGAAACUCAUUGAUCUAACCUGAAACCGGAUGUGAGCAGGUAUCUCUUUAACAUGAAUGCAUUCCUUUCUUCUUCUCGACAGAAGAUUCAUAUAUUCACAGGUUUUAGUGGCAAAUACAGCUCGUGAAUAGGACUUGUGCAUUUACCAAUUUUUAUUUAAAUUGUGUUUAAGACUUUUGACAAAUAUUGUUGUUAUUACCUCAGUACCUUUCCAGGUGUGUUGUCAGGGAAACUGUGCGACAAUCACUGCAUUUGCGCAAAAAUGAAAGAAGCAGUCCUUCUAUAGUGUAGUGAUAUUGUGAUACAGUUCAUCUUCGUACUUCUCUGUCGUGAUUGAUCGGUUUGGCCUCCUGGGGUUAGUUUAUGGUCGGUUAAUGAUCUUCUUGAGAGGCAGUCAGAAAACUCUGAAGACAGGAAAGUCACCUCGGUGUUGGAUUGACCAGCGACGGAAACGAAGUCACACAAUUUGCACACAGAAUCACAUUUUCCGAUUUAAAAUCACCUAAUUUUGCGUAAAUACAGCCUAGGGAUCUAGAGAUAUUUUAAAGAAUAUUAUACAGUAAUUAAGAUCACUUGAAAAGCCAUAUUACACACGUGCUGUGAGCAGACGUGUAUUUUUGCUGCAUAUCCCACAGCAGGCGAGCAGCAGAUAAAGCGCCCUGAAGAACACAGUAGCAUCUUGGGACAGUCGAGUUAGAUUUACUCACUGAGUCAAUAUAAACACACUUCACGGUCACCACCACAUGUAAGGAAGUUAGGAGACACCAGAAAAGAAUUCACAGUACAACUAUACAAAUAUGUCAGAUUUCAUGAUUUUUAUCAAAAGGAGCUAAGUGACAAAAAAACAACACAAAACUUAGUAGUGUAACUGAGCUUUAUUUUUUUUGUACUGUUCCGCUGUUUUGCAGAUUAAUAUGAAAUGAUGACAUGUAUAAACAAUGUAUAAAAUCUGUACAAAGUUUGUAAAAAGUAAGUGAUGAACUGGAGGAUUUCUGCUUUUUACCUAUUUGUUGUAUGAAAAUAAAAACAAAACAUAGUUCUGUCUA